UGUUUUCGGUUUGUACACAAAGAGAGUUUGGUCGCUAAGCGUCAGUUGCGAGGCUGUUGGUUUUACAGGGCUUCCAACAGAAUACCAGAGGUUUAAGGGCCGCUAUAUCUUUCAUGGUAAGCAUGCAAGGCUGAAAGUGUGUCGAGGCUGAGAGACCUGCAUACAGCGUGAUGGCUGCAUGCAUGACAGCCACAAUCUGCACGAUUGUGCUUAUCUAUGCGACAAGACAUGCGUGAAUUCCACGAACCACACCCUAGAGAGAGGUACAAAAGUAACGCAUCGUCCAACCCCGUGGAUACUGCAACAUACGACUAUGACUCUUGCUCAAAAUCCUCGCGGACGCGCACGUGGCGGACGAGGCGGACGAGGCGAUAUAGGCGGAGCUGGGAUAGGAUGCGGGGCUCCUAACAUCGCGAACGCACCUACGGGGCCAGCCAGCAUGCGUCAGGCGGGACAGCAGUACGGUUCGGGAGCACCACCAGUGGCGCCACGUGGUGGACAUCCAGGAGGGGGAUUCCGAGGGGCGCAUGAACAUGGACAUGGCCACGGGCAUGGAUCGAGCGGAGGAGAUGGUGAGCGAACCGGUCCUGCUAACGAGCUCAGCAAGAAGGCAACGAUAGCCUUGGAUAUAAAGAGGUUCUUCCAACCCUGGGGAGCGUUCAGUGACCAGGCUACCUUGGAGGGGUACGGCGUCAGGAAGAGGUACCCCAAGUGCAUGCGGUGUGGGGCGGUCAAGCUCAAGGACCAUCCCGACUUCAAGGACUGCAUGGGAAGGUGCGAUUGCUGCGGCAGCUCGAUGGCCCACAUCGGCGAAAUGUGCUCCCAAACCUGGGCCAGCAUGAAGUGGCAUAUGGAGCACAACGGCUGGCUCCCUGACGACGUGCAGUUUCGUCCCACGCCUGAGCAGUGUGCGGAGUUUGCGAAGGUCGACCCAUACUUUGGGAGGAUUGUCCCGCUUCAAGAGAUAAUCCAGGCACCGGCGGGGUAGGGCACGAAGCGAAAGGCUGACGACCGUGACGAUGAGGUGGAGAAGGCUGCUGCGGCGAGGAGGGAUGAGGUGCGAGUGCAGCAGCUCAAGAGGUUGC